GUAUGGGGCCGCUGCAGAUAUGCCUGUUUUUUUUUUUCGUUUUUUUUUUUUUUUUUUCCCCAAGUGCUGCGGAAAAUGUUCCUGAAUCUGCGGCGGACGUGCUGAGUCCUCGUCACGAGCGGAAAAGUGCUGCGAUCGCCGUGUGAAAAUGUGCGCGAGACGGACGGCGGAGUACGACGAGGAACUUCGGGGCCCGAAAGAGGAGGAGGAGCCAAAAGGUCAACGACCGGACGCUGCGUUCAAUCUGCGGCCUCCAACUGUGCCGCGCAGAGCAGACAUCACUGAAGAUCUUCGUACGGAGCGGCAGGAGCCAGAGCCCCCUCACAUUAAAGAGGAGGUGGAGGACGAAGAGGUCCACCACAUCAAAGAGGAAGACGAUCCCAUUUCGAUUAAAAAAGAGGAAGAAGAAGCAUGUCCCCACAUCAAAAAGGAAGAGGAGGAGAUCACCACCAAGACUGGUGUCCCUCUGAAGAGCGAAGCUGAAGGUCAAAGUGAGAAGAGCAGAGGGGCGGAGCCUCCAACCACCAGCUCAAGUCAACGCAUGACAACAGAAGGUGAUGGAGACCACUGUGGAGGAUCACAAGCAUUGUCAGAUCGGGACGAGAUGACGGCACAUCAUCCUCACACUGAUGAUGAUAAACAGUCUGAACGUUAUAUGACGUAUAGCACUGAAAACAAACGAUGGAAAUGUUCUCAGUGUGGGAAAUUAUUUGCCAAUAAGAGCAUUUUGAAACAACACGUGAGAACCCACACUGGAGAACAACCUUUUUCCUGCUCAGUUUGUGGUCAAAGGUUCACUCAGAAGGGAAACUUGAAUAUACAUGCAAGAAAGCACACUGGUGAGAAACCUUUUUCCUGCUCAGUUUGUGGUCUAAGAUUCACUCAGAAGGGAAACUUAGGAAAACACACAAGAACCCACACUGGUGAGAAACCUUUUUCCUGCUCCCUUUGUGGUCAAAGAUUCUCUGUGAAGGGAUAUUUACAAAGUCACACAAGAACCCACACUGGAGAGAAACCGUUUUCCUGCUCAGUUUGCGGUCAAAGAUUCUCUGUGAAGGUAAAGUUAAAAAUACACACAAGAACCCACACUGGAGAAAAACCUUUUUCCUGCUUAGUUUGUGGUCAAAGAUUCACUCAGAAGGGAAACUUAAAAAAACACAUAAGAACCCACACUGGGGAGAAACCUUUUUCCUGCUCCGUUUGUGGCCAAAGAUUAUCUGAAAAGGAAAGUUUAAAAAUACACACAAGAACGCACACUGGUGAGAAACCUUUUUCCUGCUCAGUUUGUGGCCAAAGAUUCUCUUAUAAGUAUCAGGUUCAGACACACAAGUGUGCCGGUGAGAAGAGCAGUGAUCAAGUUGAAAAUGUAAAUACUGAAUCUAAAAAGUCAUGACUUACAAUAAUCUACAUUAUUGCAUUCUGUGUAUCAGCUUUUAUUGUAUCCAUCUUCUUGUUGUCCUUCUAUUUUCUAAAAGUGUUUAGAAUGAACACUUUUUGUGCUCACAUGAAAAGUCUUUUUACACAAUAACGAUUGAAAAUAGUGAUUCUUCUCUCGCUCUCGUACAGCGCAGAAGCUUUUUUGCUCGCUCUGCUUGGUUCGCUUCUGUUUACAUUUUUUCUUGCCGAUAAGCUUCUUUUUCUUCCAAAGAUUUUUGGAAUCAGCGACUCCUGGAUAUUUUUAAACCUGUGGGACUGUACUUUUUUUUGUAGCUAGUCAGUUGUUGCUAUAUUCCAAUAUUUUGUGACGCCCUCUGACCCUUACGUGAGCGUGGCCUGCUAAUUAGCACGAGCCUGCAAUUAGCAACAAGACCAGCAAGAAAAAAGACUUCCAAAUAGAUUUGAGCCCCUUUUACAAGACCCUGGCCAAGAAUGCUCAUCCGCCACCACCCCUGAAAGGUGUGAAACUAAAUCAUACAAGACCAAAAUGGCACCGCAAACAUUAAUAGUUGGUGAUGGAGCUGUCAAGGAUGUGAAACGGUUUUGCAGUGAGAGGAACACCAACGUACUGUGUUUUACCAACGACAUGGUGUCUGAUAUCUCGAAAAAAAAAACCUGGAGAUCGCUAAUCAUACAUACGUGUGCAUGUAUGCGGUCUGUAAUAUAAUACAUGACGUCACACUGAUGAAGAUGACGAUGGUAAAAAGUCUGAAGGCGAUCUGACAUGUCACACUGACAACAAACGAUGGAAAUGUUGUCAGUGUGGGAAAACAAUUGAAUUUCGUGAGGUCCAUAUCAAAUGAAUGAAUGAAUGAUUGAUUGAACUCGGUAAGCUGUAAAGUGUACAGUGUAUGUGAUCCAUAAUAAAAUAUGCUUCUUCAAA